UAAAGCAAAACAAUUUCCUCUCAUCUUCUAAACUUAUCUCCUUUUGUUUUUUUUCUUUUUGAAGAAAUUCGCCAUGGCUGGUCUUAAGCUUGUUUAUGCUAUAUUGUUGAGCUUGUUGGUGGUUUCUCCGAUCGCCACAACCGCCCUAACAUGCGGAGAUGUGUCGUCGAAGAUGGCCGCCUGCGUACGAUACUUGCAGAACGGGGGAACCGUGCCGGUGCUUUGCUGCAAUGGCGUUCGAGGCCUGAAUGGCAUUGCUCGAACCACCCCGGACCGCCAAACUGCAUGUAGGUGCUUGCAAAAUGCAGCUAGGUCCAUCCCCAACAUUAAGCCUCCAUUGGCCGAGAGCCUCCCGGGCAAAUGCGGCGUCAAUAUUCCUUACAAGAUCAGCACCUCCACUAACUGCAACAGUGUGAAGUGAGAUGUAUGAAGGCCAGGGGUUUAAAGAGGCAUGCAGGAGCUACACAUGUAUACCAUAUAGAAGUAAUGUAUGAAUAAAGAUGCUGGGUUGCUUCCAAAAAUCUAAAAAUUAAUCUCCACUUUGGUUUAGCGGGGCUUGUCU